AGUGACAUCUGAUAACACCUUUAGCAGCCAGUGUUGUCUACGCAACAUAAAAGUGUCGAUUGACAUUUCUUUGUUGUCGCGCCCCAUCUCUCUCACUCCUUACCAAUGGACGUUUAUUUUGGCGCUAUUUUCCACCACUCAAAAUAGAAGUGUCCGCCGAACAAUCUUGGUUUAUUUGCGCAAUAACAAUUGACAAUAAUGAAGUGCACAAUCCCGGAAAUUUCGUGGCACAACCGUGACCCAGUCUUAAGCAUCGACAUUCAACCGAAAUUGCAGGAUAAAAAUGACUUCUAUAGACUGGCCACCGGUGGAACGGAUUCUCAUGUAUUGAUUUGGCAUCUGAUUGAAUAUGACGAUGGUCGAGUGCAGCCAGAAAUUGCUGCUGAUCUUUCUCGACAUCAGAAGGCUGUAAAUGUUGUUCGAUGGUCACCGUCCGGCGAGUAUUUGGCUUCCGGCGACGAUGAGAGUGUGAUAUUCAUUUGGAAAUUGAAAAGCGAAUCGGAAGCGGUCAAUAUUUUGGACACGACCAACGAACAGGACAAAGAGAUCUGGAUCACAUUCAAAAUUCUUCGCGGUCACAUGGAAGACGUAUACGACCUGUCUUGGUCUCCCGAUUCACUGAAUUUAAUUUCCGCAUCGGUUGACAACACCGCCAUGGUGUGGGAUGUAUUGAAAGGGAAACCACAGUCCAUACUCGGCGAACAUAAAAACUUUGUGCAGGGAGUUGCAUGGGACCCGAAAAAUCAGUUUUUGAUCACACUUAGCACCGAUCGUUACAUGCGCACGUACGACGUCAAUUCAAAGAAACUCCUUCAUCAAAGUGGCAAAUGUGUUCUACCUGUCCCAACCGACUCACCACUGUCGGGAAAAGUUGUUCGCCUGUUCCACGAUGAAACGCUGCAGACCUUCUACCGACGCUUAUGUUUCAGUCCCGAUGGCAAAUUGAUCAUAGCUCCGUCCGGUGUAGCCGAACUGAAUGGUGACAACAGCAAGCCGAUCCACACAACGUAUGUGUACACUCGUUUCGACCAGAAAACACCGGCAAUCGUGCUACCAUCACCCGACCAGUUCACUAUCGCUGCCCGUUGCUGUCCGCUGUUAUUCGAGUUACGUGACUCUGACGAAUCGAAUCCACCGAUCAUUGACCUGCCGUACCGAAUGGUCUUUGCCGUUGCAACAAAAAGUUCCGUCUGUUUGUACGACACACAGCAACGAAUGCCAUUCGGCCUAAUAUCGAACAUACACUACGCCAGGCUAACCGACCUGGCAUGGUCCAGUGACGGUAAAGUGCUAGUGGUCUCCAGUUCUGAUGGCUUCUGUACAUUGAUCACAUUUGCCGAUGAUGAACUGGGAACAAUUUACACAGAAAAGGAGCAAAUGGACCAACAGCCGAUUGAUGUACAGGAAAAUCGACCACCUGCAGUAAAUACCGAAAAUUUGGCCAAUUCUGGCGUUUCGCAGAAAUCUGCUUCAAGUGAAACGAAAGCUACGCCAAUUGCAUUUCGACACAAACCACGAGUGGACAAUGCAUCAACCGCAUUUGCGCCGUCAAAAUUCAACAUCACCCCGUCAAAGGACAAAAUUCUCGAAAUUCCAUCCAACAUCAUCAAAAUCGACGACAAGUUCGACGACUCGGCACCGAAAGUAGCUACACCGAUCAGUGUACGUCGCCAGCCGAGAUGUGUUACCAGCAAUUCGCCCAGUUGCCCGGACGAGAGAAAACCUUCCAGCAACAAGAAGCAGCCAACACCAAUCGCAGUGCGUCGUCAGCCGAGAGUUAUUUUGCAGUCCGGUCCAUCCGUGGUGACACAAGACGAUGCGUUGGAUGCGUGGCCCAUCGAUCAACCGAGACCAAUCGAUGUGGAAACAAGUGGAAGUGAUCAACCAGACCUAAUCACAACGAAAUGUGCGGUGGUUGCCGAGUUGACGGAAGAUAUUCGUUUGGUGUAUGACGACAGCAGUAUGGACGAUUCGAUGGAGGACGAGGUGAAGGUGACGCCCAAUUCGAAAACGACAAGACGAGUGGAACUGAGAACGAUAUCGACGCCCAAGUCAAAUAAGAAAUUGUUUUGAAAACGAGAGCAGUGCGGUGGGACAUUGGAAAUAAAGAGGCGAUGAACCACAACAAC